GGCGGCGGCAGUAGCAGCAGCAGUGGAAGCAUGGCAGCGCGGCGGGCGUGAGCGCCGGCCCCGGCACCCGGCCCGCAGUGGAGCCUGCGGGAGAAUCCUCAUCUCCUUGUGCCAGCGGCCACCCGAGCCCCUCAAGCUAUAGCAGCCAACAUGGAUUUUCUCAUCAUCUGCCCCUUUCUGCUGGCAUUGCUGCUGUCCCAGGGCAGCUUCACAGACGUGGAGAAACAGAGAGUAGACUCUGGCUUGGAAAUCUAUAAGAAGCUGUUUGAGGUGAAGCGCAAGGACCAGAUGAAUGCUCUAAAGAACUUGAUCGAGCUCAAUGACAUCAACCAGCAGUACAAAAUCAUUGACAUCAUGCUCAAGGGACUCUUCAAAGUGCUGGAGGACUCCCGUGCUGUGCUCAUUGCUGCCGAUGUGCCUCCUGAUGGGCCCUUCCCUCAGGAUGAGAAGAUAAAGGAUGCAUACUCCCACAUGGUGGAGAACACUGCCUUCUUUGGGGACGUCGUCCUACGCUUCCCCAAGAUUGUGCACCAUUACUUUGACCGCAACUCCAACUGGAAUAGCCUCAUCCGCUGGGGCAUCGGCUUCUGCAACUUGACGGGUGUGUUCGAGCAGGGACCCCACUCCCAGGUCCUGCAGCUGAUGUCUCAGGAGCUAGGAAUCAGUGAGAAAUCGCCUGAUUACCGCAAUCCCUUUAAAACGGACCAGUCAGAGUUUUUCCCCAGUGCUGACACCUUUCAGAAGGCGUUGCGGGAUGAGGAGAAGAGGAGGAAGAAGGAAGAGAAACGGAAGGAGAUCCGCAAGGGCCCACGCAUCUCCCGCUCACAGUCAGAGCUGUAGCACGCUGGGACUUGUACCUUGCAGUGGGGGUGACACCACUGGGACACAGAGUGGCUUGCUCCCUUCUCAGCAGCCUUGGGCUGGUGCCUGGCUGUUCCCUUUCCGUUUGUGUCGUGGGUUUUGUUGCCUUUCAUUUUUGUUCAGUGGAAGUUGGGUGGUGGUGCUGGUGGGUUGCCCCAAAGGGGCUAAGGUGGGAUACCACUUCUGCAGACAUAAAGCACAGGACAGCACUGGGGCCAUCUCCUGGUCAGGGUAUUGCUGUAUGUGGGGAAGUAGGGUGUGGGGGACAUGCCUCUGGUGGAGGCCAGGGAUCCUUCCGCACUGCAGCACACACCCCACGCCAAACGUGCCUCCUCCAGCAUGGGUGGGCUGGGGAGUGCAUCACACCAAACAGCCUCAUGAGCAACGCUGCUUCUCUCAGUUUUGCUUUGUGUUUUGUUAAAUGGGUGAUCUCAUUGGCACCCCCCACUGGGUUCUACCUGGUCUCUGCACAGCUGCUACCUUUGCCAGAUCAGACCUCUCCUUUUCCCAGUGGCUGUUUCACUGAUCAACAUGUGUUUCAUUGUCCUGACGUAGUUGAAAAUGCAGAUGGCAGCUGUACCCGGCCAAUGGCAUCCCGUGGCCACGGCAGGUCAUUCCUGCAGAGAGGCAAAUGCCCGGUGAAUUUUUGGACAGGAGGAAUUUAAGUACUUGGCCUCUUUUCAGCCAGUGGAUGGCUGUAAUGGAAGCAGAGCUGAUACUGAAGAUGCUGGGGAACCAACCCUGAGCCACUGAGAGCCUAUCCUGCAGCCCAUGCCCCAUCCCUUCUCUUUGGGGCUUGUCCUUUCUAAAUGAGUCCCCAACCACCCUUGUCAGGGAACAGCCAGAUAGCGAUAGCAGGGCCAAAGUAGGGAGGGAGCCAACCUGAGAGGCUGCGACCCUCCCCCGGGUGUCUGUUCUGCCGUGGGGGCAGAGGCGAGGGGCUGGCCCCAGGACCCGACACAGGCACCCUGUGAUUCCUCACCUGUGCUGAUGGCCUCGCACCAGAGCGGGCUCUUGCAGAGGGGUCUUCCCCAGGGAAUGGGCGCUCUGCGCCAGGCUGGUGGCAUCACAGCCUUUGAGGAAAGGGAAGCGUCCCGAUCUUUUUACCAGCAGAGCUAAGUCCCUCCACUGGGGGGAGGGGGUGGCAAUGGGCGCAUUUGGUUUUUCUUGAAUAAAAUUGACUUCAUUUUUCUUUUUUUUAA